AUGGAGUUUCCUGUGAGUGGGGAACGCCAUGCUGUUGACGUGGAGCUCCCUGGGAGCGACUACAAUGAAUCUGGUGGAGCGCGCUCGAGACCGCGGCCGACCGCGCAGUUCGACAAAUGUCCGUCGUCUAUUCCGGUCACCGCAAGGACGACGUCAGCAGCAGCUGUCGACGAAUCAUGGACGCCUGGACGGCCGUCGUGGAACGCGCCUCCAGUAUCGGAAGUGCCGCCCAGUGCUGCUGCAGGGGCACCUUCCGACGAACCCGAGGACGAUGAUAUGGGCCAGGGUGACGUUCUUCUGUGCAACGCUCCAUUCCUCCCCAAAAAUCCAACAUUCAAAGGUUCUACCAAGGAAGAACGCCGAGUAUUUAUGGCAGCGUACAAUCAGUACAUCAGCCAGACCAAUGCCCUGACGGCAAAUGGUGUUCGUCCAUUUAUCAUGCCCGUGAGUGCAUGUAUCGACCCUGGAACCAAGCAGCGUGUGGCUGAAUGGGACCUGGGAAAGGAUCCUGACGACGUCCUGGAGAGUGAGUGGGUGGCUUGGUUCCGCCAGGGUUAUGACGUUGACCCUCGGGCUCUGGAUACCCUCAAAAAGCGGAUCAAGGCGGCUGUCACGUUUGACAUGUCUGUCCAGGACGCCGACUCCAGGAUCGGUCGGAUGCUUGACGGCCUGGCUGCUGCUGUCCGACGCGACCGCCAAGAAUGGGUGAUUCGGGAGGAGAGCCAAGCGAUCGUGAAGAUUAUCACGGAUGCGAUCAAACCGGCGUCUCUACACCGAGCGGUGACUGAGCAAAUGAGCUUGUCCCGAAACAAGCCUUUGAAGAAGGACGUGUAUCGAUUCGUGCGCUGGUUGCGCGAGUAUGCCAUUGGCCAUGAACGAUAUGUCGGGUAUGAGGAAGAGGCAAAGCCUGGACUGAAGCCUGACAACACGAAAGGCAAUACGGGGUAUAACCCCACACAAACACCGGGAAACCGACGCCAACACUGCCGACGUAAAACCGACUUCUACCCCCCCCUGGCCCAGCACCAGCACGAAAGCCCAUGCCUCAAGCUGCUGGCGAAGAGCCGUGAGCCAGGUGCCCCGGGGGGUCGUGUCAAGACCAUUCGCAAGGCCGCUGCCAAGCCUGGGCGAAGUGUACUCAUGGCUACGGUGAACGGGGUCCUGCCUGUCGAGGCCUCUCUGUUGGACUCGGGAGCCGACAUGUCCGUGGUAUCCGGUGGCCUGGUUUCAGCCCUGUUGGCUGCUGGGAACUCUCCCGAGAUCACGACCAUGGGACGUUUUGAGCUCUUUCCCUAUGGUGCCGAGAGCAAGCCGAUUGUGGUGACGAAACAGGUGCGCUUGGGUAGCAUCGAGUUCAAAACCGCAUGUGGGCCACUUAUCCUGCGUGGUCUCCGUGUCUGGCUCGACGAUGCUGCUACAGGGGUCGAGCUAACACUGGGCUUACCUGUCAUGCAACGCCUCGGGUACAAUGAGCAGACCUUGCUGGAGAACGCUUACAACCAGCAGGCUGUAUGGGAUCUCUCGGACCAGCCGGGUACUACCCCUGGAGUGGCGAUGCAUCGGGCGCUCCGUUUGGGUGACCUAUCGGAUGGCCUGGACGAGGAUGAAGGCAUGUGUUGUGCGACACCUGAGUUGGGAUCAACCUCGGACACGGACGACGCCGACCAAGUGCGAAUCGUUCUGAUGGCCAAGGUCGACGAUGCGGAGCCUCCUGUUGGAGUAUCAGGAUGUUUUCCGUUUGAAGUUUGGUCGUGA